AUGUCGAAAUUUGCCGAGCUUGGUGACACAUUCCUCAUUGUGCUGCGCAAAAAGCCGUUGCUUUUUCUGCACUGGUAUCACCAUGUAUUGACACUCAACUACGGCAUCAUUUCGUACAGCGAGCAUACACCGUACAACACCUGGAUCAUCUGGCUGAACUUCACCGUCCAUAGCUUCAUGUACAGUUACUAUUUUCUGCGCUCGAUGGGUAUUCGCAUACCGGCAUCCAUUGCUGCCCGAAUUACCACAAUGCAAAUGCUUCAGUUCGUCAUAACAGUGCUCAUCCUGCUGCAUGUGGGCUAUCUGAUGGCCAGUGAUGUACCUGUGGACGGCACUCAGCGUACCUAUCUGUUCUGCUUGGGCAUGGAAAUCUCGUACAUCAUAUUGUUCGCUAAUUUCUUCUACCAGUCCUAUGUAAGAGGCGGCGGCAAAAAGUUCAAGCAGGAGAAAAUGGCUGAGAAAAAGGAAUAG